AUGGGUUCCGCAGGGCCCCCUCCGUCGCGGCGCACCGCCACCAUCUCCCGCAUCACCAACGAGACCAAAAUCCAAUGCUCUCUCUCCCUGGACGGCGGCGCCCUCGAAGCGUUCGAAAACUCGGAUCAUUUCUCUUCUGAUAUCCCUUCCGCACAGAAAUCCAAGCAUCCAGACGUACUAUUUCCUCUCCCACCCACCCACCAUGCCACCCAAAUCACCGCAACGCAACAAAUAUCCCUAAGCACCGGCAUCGGUUUCCUCGACCACAUGCUCCACGCCCUUUCCAAGCACGCGGGCUGGUCCCUCGCCAUCCGCGCCAGCGGCGACCUCUUCAUCGACGACCACCACACCACCGAAGACGUCUUCCUCGCGCUAGGCACUGCCUUCAACAAAGCCCUGGGCGCGCGUGCCUCUCUUGUACGCUUCGGCCGCGGCGACGCACCCCUAGACGAGGCUCUGUCGGGGGCGGUCAUUGACCUCUCCAACCGCCCGUACGCGGUCAUCGAUCUGGGCUUCACGCGGGAAAAGAUCGGCGACCUGAGCACCGAGAUGAUUACCCACGGCUUUGAGAGUUUCGCGCAGGCGGCGAGUGUGACGUUGCAUGUCAAGUGCGUAUACGGCCACAACAAUCACCAUCGGGCGGAGAGCGCGUUCAAGGCUCUGGCGGUGGCGUGCCGGACGGCGUGUUCCAGGCUAGGAGUGGGAAGUGCCGGAUGGGGAGAUGUUACGAGUACGAAGGGUGUGCUGGGGAGCAGUGUCAAUGAGUAG